CGUCGAUGUCACUCGACGUCCUAGUUUGCCAUCCCCUGCUGGGCUGAGGAAGACGGGCGGGGAGGGAGAACAGUUCUCCCUUAAGACGGCAGCGCUGGAAGGGACAGAUCCCCAAACCGACCCAUAUUCACCAUGAAGAGGUGCAAGUCUGACGAACUGCAGCAACAGCGGGAGGAGGAUGGAGCCGGGCUGGAAGAUGCUGCUUGCCACCUGCCGGGCCCGGACUUGAAACCUGGAGAGGUCAUGAGUGCAAAUCCUGCUGUGGCCCCAGCGACUCCAGAUGUAGGUGCUACCAUGGCCCCCAACCCUGGCCCUAGAAGCAAGCCUCCGGAUUUAAAGAAAAUCCAGCAGCUUUCUGAGGGCUCCAUGUUUGGCCACGGUCUGAAGCAUCUGUUCCACAGUCGAAGGCGGUCCAGGGAACGGGAGCAGCAGCAGCAGCAGCAGCAGACAUCUCAGGACUCCCAGCAGCAGCAGCACGGCAUGUCAGACCAUGACUCCCCGGAUGAGAAAGAGCGCUCCCCAGAGAUGCACCGUGUCUCCUACGCCAUGUCCCUGCACGACCUGCCUGCUCGGCCCACUGCCUUCAACCGUGUGCUGCAGCAGAUCCGCUCCCGCCCCUCCAUCAAGAGGGGGGCCAGCCUACACAGCAGCAGUGGGGGCAGUGGAGGGGGUGGCGGUGGUGGUAGCAGUAGCCGAAGAACCAAAAGCAGCUCCCUGGAGCCCCAGCGGGGCAGCCCUCACCUGCUGCGCAAGGCCCCCCAAGACAGCAGCCUGACAGCCAUCUUGCACCAACACCAGUGUCGACCUCGGUCUUCUUCCACCACCGACACUGCCCUGCUGUUGACAGAGAGCAGCAACACUUAUUUCUUGGCUGAGGAGUCUGAGGGCCUUUCUGAUAAGGCAGAAAAGGGUGACCUCAUCACACUUCCUGGUGGCCCCGGCCAUGGAGACUCAGAUGGCCCCAUCAACCUGGAUGUCCCUGAAGGGACCCCAGAUCCCCACCGGACCAAGGCCGCUAUUGAACACCUGCACCAAAAGAUUCUCAAGAUUACGGAGCAGAUCAAGAUUGAGCAGGAGGCCCGGGAUGACAAUGUGGCUGAGUAUUUGAAGCUGGCCAACAAUGCAGACAAGCAGCAGGUGUCACGCAUCAAGCAGGUGUUUGAGAAGAAAAACCAGAAAUCAGCCCAGACCAUAGCCCAGCUACACAAGAAACUAGAGCAUUACCACCGGAGGCUGAAAGAGAUCGAACAGAAUGGGCCCUCCCGACAGCCCAAAGACGUCCUGAGGGACAUGCAGCAGGGGCUGAAGGAUGUGGGGGCCAACAUGCGGGCGGGCAUCAGCGGCUUUGGGGGCGGUGUGGUAGAAGGUGUGAAGGGCAGCCUCUCAGGGCUCUCCCAGGUGACCCAUACAGCCGUGGUGUCCAAGCCCCGGGAAUUCGCCAGCCUCAUCCGUAACAAGUUUGGCAGUGCCGACAACAUCGCCCACCUGAAGGACCCACUGGAAGAUGGUCACCCAGAGGAGUCAGCCAGGGCUCUAAGCGGCAGUGCCACCUUGGUGUCCAGUCCCAAGUAUGGGAGUGACGAUGAGUGUUCCAGUGCCAGUGCCAGCUCAGCUGGAGCAGGCAGUAACUCUGGGGCGGGGGCCGGCGGGGGACUAGGGAGCCCCAAGUCCAACACUCUGUAUAGUCAUCCCAACAACCUAGAUACUCUGCUGGAAGAGUUGCGGGAGAUCAAGGAGGGUCAGUCACACAUGGAGGACUCCAUGGAGGACCUGAAGGCUCAGCUUCAGCGGGACUACACUUACAUGACCCAGUGCCUACAGGAGGAGCGCUAUCGGUAUGAGCGCCUAGAGGAGCAGUUGAAUGACCUGACAGAGCUGCACCAGAACGAGAUGACCAAUCUGAAGCAGGAGUUGGCCAGCAUGGAAGAGAAAGUGGCCUAUCAGUCCUACGAGAGGGCUCGAGACAUCCAGGAGGCCGUGGAGUCCUGCCUGACAAGGGUCACCAAGCUGGAGCUCCAGCAGCAGCAGCAACAGGUGGUCCAGCUGGAGGGCGUUGAGAACGCCAAUGCCCGGGCACUGCUGGGCAAGUUUAUCAAUGUGAUCCUGGCGCUGAUGGCCGUGCUGCUGGUGUUCGUCUCCACCAUCGCCAAUUUCAUCACGCCGCUCAUGAAGACCCGUCUUCGCAUCGCCAGCACCGCCCUCCUCGUCCUCAUUCUCUUCCUCCUCUGGAAACAUUGGGACUCCCUUAGCUACCUCCUGGAGCACGUGCUACUGCCCAGCUGAAUCACCAGCCCCAGCUCCCAGGCAGCUUCUUUUCCCUAGUGGGGAGACCUGGCCCCCCUUGGACUUUUUUGUGUGUUUGGUUCAGGCUCUCGCCCCAGAUUCCUGCACUCUGUUGCCCUCCUCCUUUUUCCUUGUGUUUCACUCAUAUCUGAUAAUGUUUCCUCCCUCCCAAGGGGAAACUCAUCCCAGGGUGGAUUGGAAGCUGACUGCUUCCCUCCCUCAGCACAGAUAUGGUAAUCAUAACAGAGUGGAGAAGAAAACCAAGGAUUAUAUUUAUUUGAUUAUUUAAAAGACAUCUGCUGGCCUAGAGAUGGCCCCAAGGGCCCAGAAGUCCAUUGAGAGAGGGAGGAAAGGCCUCUGCUCUGAGGCCCUUGGGAGGGAACUACUUUGGAGACCUCUUUCCAUUUGAGCUCAGGACAAAGAUGGGCAAGCAGACCAAAUGGGAAAAAGGAAGAAGUUCACAGACCCCUGAGGUCUAGGAGAGGCCACUGGAGGGGAGGGGUCUUUGAGGGGGCAGGAAGUGUUCCCUAGCGCCCCAGAGGUCUGCAGGGCCCAAGGAGACUGAGAGGAGCUGGUUCCCAAGCCUGGCUCAGCCAUUCUCUGCUGCAAAGCUGAGCCCUGUGAUGUCGACUGGAGGGUGAGGGGCCCUGUGUCUUGGGAACUGUGUGCUUUUUUUUUUAUUAUUGUUUGUCUUUUUCAUGCUGUCAUCGAUCUGUCAUUUUUCAGAAAAAUACAGUUUCCUCCCUGCCCCCACCCAGGGCCCCACGCCUUAGGUCUUGGGCUCUUGUGAGUACUGUCAAAUUAUUUAUUUAUUUAUUUAUGACUGCAUUUCUUCUUUCCAUCCUGAAUUCCAGGGAGCCCCCUUUCCCCAAAGUAUACUCUCUUUGUCUUCUUUCCCUGGAAUCAGAGUCUUACCCUGGGGAUUCCUAUAUGGGUGGUAAUAGCACUUCCAUACAAUUUACUUUCUGGAUCACUGAGUCCAGAUUGGGAACAAAGUUAUCAAACCCCCUUUACCCUAUGGGAGCAGCUCGCCAGCUGGGACAGGAGUAGUUAAGUCUUGGCCUCCAUUUUUUACGUCUAUUUAUUGUUUGUAUAUGGGUGUGUGUGUGUGUGUGUGUGUUUUGUUUUUUUUAAGUCACUGGAGUGUUGUGUGUGGUUGCUGUUCACGGUCCCUGCCUUCCCAUUGGCACUUCCAGGAGAAAAGGGGGUUCCUGGGAGAAUGAGCAAUGGAAUCCUGGGGUUAGGGUGAGCCCUGCCCACUUUGGAACUUGACUGGGGAUUUCAAGAGAAAUAAAGAACCUCCCUGAAUUCUCAAA